AAACCAUUUGUCAUGGUCGGGAGGGAACGAAGCGCUGAUAAUUCGCGAACCGUGCCGGUUCUUUUGCCAUCUAUAAAUAUUUACCUCCCUCGGAUGGAACACGAAGCAAUAAGUGUCCUUCGCACCGUAGUGUUUACACACACCUGGCCGGUUUAUCGAUAAAGCAACACGUGUUCCAGCGCGGAAAACCCGGAAAACAUGCUGUGAAAAUCUGCAGCGCACAAGCAAACGUGGGAAUCUUCCACUUCGGGUUUCAUCAAUGCAUUGUACAGUCCCAUUGCCGCUACGAUAACCGACCGACCGAGGGAGCAAUCGAACGAAGGAAUCCAGCAACAACAUCUUCUUAUCGCCCUCAGAAAACCGGUGGGAAAGCCAGCUUCAUUCAGGGCUUGUGUGCUUACGUCGAAUAUCCUUAUCAGUAGCGAGACGCGUGUGCAAGCAAACGGUCGCCGUGCUGAGAGAAACCCGUAUCCGCGACGUGUGUGUAUCUUUCUGUUCUACUGCCGCCGUUGUUGUGCCCUGCUGUGUGGAUGCACUUCUCGAACAUUGUCGCUCGCCGGAGCAAUGUAAUCUGUUGCACAGUGCAAAUUCAAGGUUAAAGGAAGACACCAAGUGUGUCCGUUACAUCGGAUAUUGUUGAAUGCGAUCAACACUGGAACCAAGGACUUCCCACCGCGUAUGCUUGAUCGUGUUUUAGUGUGUAUGCGUAUUUGUUUGUUUUUAGGAGCGAAUAAAAGUCUACUGAGACCCUAGCGAUAGGAACGAAGAAAACACGGUCAAAUCCAAAUGUUCCACUUGAAUCAACUUUUGCGGAAUGUUUCAGGAUUCAAACCCACACAGCAUCUCCGGAAUGUCUUGAAAGUGCAGCGCCAUUUCGGUUGUAACGCACAGGACAAAUUGCGCCGCGUGCUCAUUGUGUCGAAAUUGACGCGCCUAGAGUUCGAAAAGAUUCGCGAGGAGCAGCUUAGCGAUGAGUGUCUGGAGCAAAAGAUUCGUGACCGUGGCACCGAUUACGACGCCAUCAAGUACUACCACCAUCUGCACAAAGACGUCGAGCAGAAGGUGGUGCGCUCGUUUCAGCAGCGCGGCAUCGAGGUGCAGGUAGUGAACCGCAUCACGAUACACAAGGACGCACUGCAGUGGGCCGAUUUGAUCGUACCGGUCGGUGGCGAUGGUACGUUUCUGCUCGCUGCCGGCCGGGCAAGCCCAUUCUUCUUGUCCAACGGGAAGAAAACGCCCGUCGUUGGGUUUAACUCGGAUCCGCGCCGUUCGGAAGGACGGUUAAUGCUUCCGAAACAGUACUCGGUGCAGGUUGAUGAAGCGAUCCGGCGUAUCAUAGCGAAAGACUUCCGGUGGAUGCAUCGGUCACGGAUCCGUACCACACUGGUAGGAGCGGCCACAACCGAGCGCCCGUCACCGAUGGAUUUGCACGAGUUCCACACGCAACCGGUCGAACAUAAGGAGGUGAUGUCUACGGCACCAAAUGGCAAAAGUCGUAUCCUGCCCUAUCUUGCACUUAACGAGGUUUUCAUAGGAGAAAUGCUUUCCGCACGCGUGUCCCAUCUGCAUCUGCGCAUCGACAAUUCGGAAGUUACAACCAAAACGAAAAGUUCCGGUCUGUGCGUAAGUACCGGGACCGGUUCAACGUCGUGGCUCACCAGUAUGAACCGCCUGUCGACGAACAACGUAAAAGAUCUGCUGAACAUUGUACGGAGGCGGACUGGGGCGGGCGCCCUGGACACCAUCGAUCCCGAGUCCGUGUCUCAGGAGUAUAACGAUAAUCUAGUGUUUGCGUCCGACGAUCCACGGCUGUGUUAUUCGAUACGUGAGCAAAUCUGUGUCGGUGUGUGGCCAAACCCGAAAGGUUUAGAAUCGCGCGGGUUUGCCAAAGAAAUAUUCGUCAAAUCGCGCUGUGUCGAUGCAAGUCUCGUGAUAGAUGGUAGUAUUGCUUACAACUUUAACGAUGGUGCCCGUGCCUUGCUGGAAGUGUAUCCGGAAGAUUCACUACUGACGAUCGAUAUGGAUGACUGAGAGAGAAGGAAGGAGAGUGAAAUAUCGAAACCGACGAGGAUACGAUCCGAUCUAUUUACCUGUUUUUUCCUAUUUGUACGAUGCUUUACUCACUAUUCGAAGCAUUUCCGAUCACUUGUAAAAGUGGCCCUACGCCGCCUUCCUAUUGCCAGCGAUGAAAGGAAAAACGAAAGAGCUUAUUAAGCCAUCUCGACCUUUUUCUCAAAAAUGUCUGGAAAAAAGCCUUAUUUUUGUGUGUAAGUUAUUGCAAUUACUGCACUCUACUGAUUGGUGCAGACGGUGCAUUUAUUUAUCGAUCCCCUUUUCCAACGUUAGCGUACGUAUUACUGUAAGUAGAAAGUUGUAAUAAAUUUGGUAUCAUUUUUUCUUUGUUUUAUACAUGUAAAUAA